AUGGACCGGUUGAUAAGUUUAGAGCCAUCGAAUGUGGUCGCGAUAAGAAUAGAACAGGGCCAAAAGUGUUGUGGACAACUUACUUUAAGGAAUGUUAUGUACACAAUGCCGGUUGCUUUUAGGUUGCAACCAAUGAACAAAACUCGUUACACUAUUCGUCCACAAUCCGGGAUCAUAUCUCCACUAACAACAGUUGUUGUCGAGAUCAGUUACGAUUUUCCUUCAAAUUCUAGUCUACCCGGGUCAUUUCCUUAUUGUGAUGACUCUUUUUUGUUGCAUAGUGUGGUGGUUCCUGGCGCCGCGGUCAAAAAUCCAUCCUCAACACAUGAUUCGGUUCCUAUCGAGUGGUUUACUACUAGAAAGAAACAAGUGUUUGUUGAUAGUGGUAUCAAGGUCAUGUUUGUUGGGUCCUUGGUGAUGACUAGGCUUGUCAAGAAUGGGUCUAUGGAUGAAAUUAGGGAUGUGUUAGAAAAGAGUGAUAUGGGUUGGAAGGCUGUGGAUUCGGUUGACUCUGAGGGUCAAACGUUACUUCAUUUGGCGAUAUCACAAAGUCGCCCUGACCUAGUCCAGAUGCUACUGGAGUUUGAGCCAAAUAUCGAGGCUAGGAGCCGGUCAGGGACAACUCCACUCGAGGAUGCAGCAUCUUCGGGUGAAAAUUUGAUAGUGGAGCUAUUGUUGGCUCAUGGAGCCAACACUGAGAAGUCUGAGUCAUCCACAUGGGGCCCGCUUCACCUUGCUGCUGGUGGGGGUCAUGUGGAUGUUUUAAAGCUCCUCUUACUUAGAGGAGCUAAUGUAAAUGCGGUCACCAAAGAUGGGAACACCGCUUUACACCUGGCGGUGGAGGAGAGGAGACGAGAUUGUGCUCGGAUACUAUUGGCUGGUGGAGCACAACCCAAUAUCGGAAACUUAGCUGACAAUGAGACCCCUUUGCAUAUAGCUUCAGCUCUUGGCGAUGAAAACAUGGUCAAACUCCUACUGCAUAAAGGAGCUAACAAAGACAUCCGAAACCUGUCAGGAAAAACGGCCUACGAUGUGGCAGUUGAACACGGACACACGAGGCUAUUUGAUGCACUACGACUUGGUGACCGGUUAUAUGUAGCUGCAAGAAAAGGCGAAGUGAGAACAGUCAAUAGGGUUCUUGAAAGUGGAGCUGCCAUCAAUGGGCAAGACCAGCAUGGGUGGACUGCUUUGCACCGGGCCUCAUUCAAGGGUCAUACUGAGGUAGUUCGGUUAUUGAUCGAGAAGGGUGUAAACGUUGAUGCACGUGAUGGAGACGGGUACACAGCUUUACAUUGUGCAGUUGAAUCAGGAAAUGCAGAUGUUCUUGAAUUGCUAGUGAAGAAAGGUGCAGAUGUAAAAGCAAGAACCAAUAAAGGUGUAACUGCAAUGCAAAUUGCGGAUUCUUUAAACUAUGCAGGCAUUACAAGAAUACUCAUCAAUGGAGGUGCUACUAAAGAUGACAUCAGGAAUGGUAGUAAAAACUCACUAGCAUUUACUAAUAAAAUUGGUAGAAAAUAUGAUAAGAAUCUCGACUCAAUAAAAAAGAAGAGUACUCGAGGAAGAGAACUUCGCGGUAGCUUUGAAUGGUCUGCUUCACCAUUGGCUAUGAUUAACUAA